CAGAACAGUCAGUGCAGGUGAAGCCGACAGAAUGAAACUCUUCCUGUUCACCGUGAGCUGCUUGGGACUAGCCCAGGGGACGCCACUCGGAGGAUUUUCGCAACACGGUUUCAUCCCCGGUGGUCUCUAUAACAACGGUGCAUCCCUUGUUAACCACGGACUACCGCUGGGACAUUUACCAGGACCGAUAUACGGAAGUGGAGGCUACUUGGACUACACAUACGGCACUGGUGCACAUUUUGGAAAUCCAUACGGAAAAGCAAGCUUUCUCAAGUAUUUAUACGGAAACCGACUAGGCCUCGCCAAUUCAUACGGUGCUUUACCAAAUAUUAGAGUCAGUGGAGUUAGCGAGGCUGAGGAUGAAAGAUCAUCUAGCUCUGGGUCCAACAAUCAAAAUGUAGAUUCCACUCGAACUGGAAUUCGUGGUUUACAUUCCAGUCCCAUUGCUGGCUUGGGUGGCUUCCCUUCUGCUCUUCUUCCUCACACUUCCAGUGUUGCUUUAGGAAUAGACCCUUAUGCUCUUGGACCUCACACUUCCAUUGCUGGUUUCGGAGGAUUCCCUAGGUGCUGGACAUCCGCCUCUGUUGCUGCUUUUAGUGGAAUCCUCCCUAAUGUUGGAGCUGCAGGCGUAUUCCCUUAUGGUCUUCAGCCUCACACCCCCAUUGAUUAUCUAACUGGAUUCCCUUAUGGUGUUGGAUCUCACGCUCCUUUUGCUGGUUCAACUGGAUUCCACGCAGGUCUUGGGCCCCACACCUCGGUUGGUCUUGGACCGUACGCUGCUGGUGCUGGUUUUGGCAGAUUCAACGCCGCUUUUGGACAAAAUACCCCCAAUGCUGCUCUUAGGUCUCGCACCUCAGCCAACAUGUCUUCAGGGAACAACGGCAAACAAGAAACACAGAAACAAUAACUUUAUAAGACAAAGAAAUGCAAAGAAGUCUGUAGAGUUUUGAGAGAAUAAGAUUACUUUGAUCAUUUAUUUUGUAUUUCAAUACUCCUGAAAAUAUCCUUUCCUUCUCAUCUCAACAAGUGCUUUCGUUAAAACAGUAAAUGAAUAUUUCAAA